AUUUGCUUUACACUUCGAAUCCCAAAACCACUUUGGCUAUGCUUUAGAUGAAAAAAUUUUAAAAUUUCAAUUGAAAGUUGCUUUUCCUACCCUUGAAGCCCUGAUGGAUAACGCCAAUGAGCGGAUGCAGCGGGAGCUGGACAGUCUUUUGAUGGAAAGUCGCCAGGCCCUCAACGUGUAUUAUCUAUCCCAGCUGACCAACAACUCGGAGCGUAUGAUGGGCAGAGUGAAUUCCAGCUUGGAUGCCCUGAACACCGCCCUUGACAACCUGGAGGCUCGAACGGACCGGGUUAUGGUCGAGUUUCAGAGGAUGAUCAGACCACAAAUGCCGGCACAAGGUCCGCAGGAUGGAUGCGGAGAUUCGAAUACCAGGUCGUAGGCUGGCAACCGGUUUGCAAUAAAUUUAAAUAAUAAAUUAAGCCGAUUAUGAU